GGUGCCCAGCCGGGGUGUGCCCGGCCCCCCCGCGCCGGCCCGCAGCUGUCGCUCCCCGGGCCCGGCCGCACGUGGCUGGCAGCAGCUGCCGCGGGCUGGGCCGCUGGAGCCGCACGAAGCGCUUCGUCCAUUUCCGCCCGGAGCCCGAGACGAGCCGCCCCGGCGGGCUGCAGCCGAGCUCGCCCCGCAGCGCCCCGGAGCAGCCAUGAGCCGCAGGGUGGUGCGCCAGAGUAAGUUCCGGCACGUCUUUGGGCAGCCGGUGAAGGCCGACCAGAUGUACGAGGACAUCCGGGUGUCCAAGGUGACGUGGGACAGCUCCUUCUGCGCUGUCAACCCCAAGUUCGUGGCCAUCAUUGUGGAGUCCGGCGGCGGAGGGGCCUUCAUGGUGCUGCCCUUGGCCAAGACGGGGCGCGUGGAUAAGAACCAUCCCCUGGUGACUGGGCACACGGCACCCGUGCUGGACAUCGACUGGUGCCCUCACAACGACAACGUCAUCGCCAGCGCCUCCGAGGACACCACGGUCAUGGUCUGGCAGAUCCCCGACUAUGUGCCCAUGCGGAACAUCACGGAGCCCAUCGUCACACUGGAGGGGCACUCCAAGAGAGUGGGCAUCAUCACGUGGCACCCCACGGCUCGCAACAUGCUGCUCAGCGCAGGCGGAGACAACCUGCUGAUCCUGUGGAAUGUGGGCACGGGCGAGAUGCUGCUGACGCUGGACGACAUGCACGGCGACCUCAUCUACAACGUGUGCUGGAACCGCACCGGCAGCCUGCUCGUCACCACCUGCAAGGACAAGCACAUGCGCAUCAUCGACCCCCGCAAGCAGCAGGUGGUGGCGGAGAAAGUCAAGCCGCAUGAAGGCGCCCGCCCCAUCAGAGCCAUCUUCAUGGCUGAUGGCAAGAUCUUCACCACAGGCUUCAGCAAGAUGAGUGAGCGGCAGCUGGCGCUCUGGGACCUGAAGAACUUUGAGGAGCCGAUUGCGCUGCAGGAGAUGGACACCAGCAAUGGGGUGCUGUUCCCCUUCUAUGACCCCGACUCCAGCAUCGUCUACCUGUGCGGCAAGGGUGACAGCAGCAUCCGCUACUUCGAGAUCACGGCCGAGGCGCCCUACGUGCACUAUCUGAGCACCUACAGCAGCAAGGAGCCGCAGCGCGGCAUGGGCUUCAUGCCCAAGCGGGGCCUGGACGUCAGCAAGUGCGAGAUUGCCAGGUUCUUCAAGCUGCACGAGCGGAAGUGCGAGCCCAUCGUCAUGACGGUGCCGCGGAAGUCCGACCUGUUCCAGGACGACCUGUACCCCGACACGCCCGGCCCCGAGCCGGCUCUGGAGGCGGCCGAGUGGCUGGCGGGGAAGGACGCGGCGCCCAUCCUCGUCUCGCUGCGGGAUGGCUACACGCCUGUCAAGAACCGCGAGCUCAAGGUCACCAGGAAGAACAUCCUGGACAACAAGCCUCCCGUGGGGCCGCGUCGCAGCCACUCCACCUGCGACGCCAAUUUCUCGCGGCCCAGUCUGGAGGAUCUGCUGGAGGAGAUCCGAUCCCUGCGACACACUGUACAAGCGCAGGAGAAGCGCAUCUCUGACCUGGAGAACAAACUCUGCAAAUUCACCAACGGCACAGCCUAGCGGCCCCCGUGCCAUGGCCACCGCGCUGGGCUGGGCGGGCAGGGCGCCGGCCCCCAGCGGACCCAGCCUUAUUUAAAGGAUUAAAACCAACCCCCCAGAGGAGGAGCUGGGAGACGUGUUCUUUACGCUGGCCCUGGAGCUGCGGGCAGGCCCCCCUGCAGCAGGCCUCAGCCCUUGGCCCCAGGGGCAGUCUGCAGAGGAGCCCAGCUGGUGGUAGUGGUGGAUUGAGCAGCGCUAGGGGCUGCUCCCUGGGGCCUCUGCUGGUCAGAGACGCUGACCCCCCUCUCCCUCCCUGGCUGUCACUGAUUCCGUGUGUGGGGAAGCCUCCUGCCGGGCUGGGGCCAUGGGGGCAGAGGGGACGGACCCCAUGCUCCAGGGGAGGGGGAGGUAUGUGUUUGGAAGGGCUGCUGCUAUCUCUGCCCCUUCCCCAGUCAGGUCAAGGGGGUGGCAGAAGGUGGUUAUGUGGGUUAGAGAGGGGGGUCUGUGGCUAGCUCAGCAGAGCCCAGCCUUAUGGGCAAACCCUCAUCACUUGCACUGUGGGGGCUUGCUGGGCAUGGGGCCUGCAGGUGGGCCCUGCCUGCCCUUCCUCUGCCAGGCCCCCUGCCUGGCUGUCCUCCCGCAGGCCUGCUGUCUGCCACUCCCCGGCCGGGCCCCCAUCUCCUAGGGCCCCUGCCCUGCCCUCUUUUUCCUGAUCCUCCUCCCCCAGGCCCUGGGCCACCUGACAUUGACUGGCCUGGGGAGCUGGUCUGUAGCCUAGAGGGCUGUUUGCGGCGAGCCCCCAUCUUCCCACUCAGCUACGUUAGUGGGAAAGUUGUGGGCACCUUCCCAGCCAACAGCCUCAGCCCACUGCCCAGGCGCGUGUGCAGUGGGGAAUCACGCCAGGCGAUGGGCACCGCAUGGGACAGGAGCCCAGGCAGUUGGUGUGAGGGCCCCUUACCUUGGUCCACCCUUUCCCUGAGCCCUGGCAGCCGGCCCCUCCCAGUGCACACUGAAUGGUCGGGGUGCCAGGGCAAGGCUGGGCAUCGCUCAGGCCUGCUGCCAUGGGCUGCAGCACACAGUGGGCUCAGGGAAUCCCCCCCAGCCCUGGACCGGCAGAUACUGAACUGGGAGGCCUUAAAGUAGAGGGGGCAGGAGGGCUGCAGAAGGCCCCCCCAGCCCAGCCUGCCCCAUCCAUGCAGGGCAUCUGGGGAGCUGCACCCCUGACCAGCCCUGCCAGGGUUACAUGUGUGGCCAGCCUGGGUCCCUGUUGGUGAGAUGCCCAUAAGCAGCAGCCUGAUCCUGACUCCGCUCUCCCCACUGAUGGGGCAGGCCAGCUAACGAACCAGGAUUUUCUUGGCGCUGGGGGCUGGAUGUUGUGUGCAGGUUCUUGGCCCCCUGGUAUUGUACCUGUCCCUCGGCAAUAAACGGCUGCAUUCUCCUACCCUGGUGUGGGGAGUGUGAGCAUUGGGGGGCUGGGUGACCCCAGGGAUCCCAGCACAGCACCAGCCACCUCUCCAGCACUGAGCCCUGCUCUACGUGCCAGGAUGUGUGCCAGCUUGCUAGUGGGUGACUUCCGGGGCGGGGUCUAGCCCAGCACCCCCCGAGUCGCCUGCAGUGGGGAGAUGGCUGCCCAGAUGGGGAUGUGUGUGCAGCCAGCCCCCCCCGGAUAUCCCCCACCCCACCCCAUAGGGCAGCUGAAGCCUAGGGACAGGGGUUGUGCAAGGCCCCUGGAACUCAGCAGUGUCGUCUUCUAACCAUUAACCCACAUGACCUCUCGGCUAGUGAGCAGGAAGCACAGACCAUGCUCCUGGGGAUCUCCCAGGAGUAAGCCCCCUGCCCCCGAGUGCUCCCCCUCCAGCAGAGCAAGGCGGGCUGCUCCUGCCAUGCAUCAGCCAGAGGGGGCACGUCACUCCUCGGGCUGCAGCUUUCCCAGUGCCUGUUCUGGGAGAGCUGGGAUGGGCCCCAGCAAUGCCCACCCCAAGGAGGGCACUUUGCCAUGGCACAAAAGGGGCACUGCAGUGACUGCACCGGAUGGGGUGGGGGGAUUAGCCAAGGCUCUGGUCGCUGCUGGGAUGCCUGCAAUCAAGUCAAGCCCAUGUGCCCAGCUGUGUCCCACCCCCAGGGACUAAGCCAGGCUGGAGCUGGACCCUGGCUUGGGGCCCCCCUCCCCGUGGAGCCCGCAUCUGCUAAGAGAC